GUGGAGCCGAGGGGCAGGCUGGACAGAUGGAGGACGGCGCCCAGCACCUGGGACACUGCAUGGUUGACAUGAAGGAGCUGAGCGCCAGCCCUGAAGGACUGACCGCUGCCGGUGUCAUUCUAACAGCCGAGCUGCCUCGGGUGGAGUUCAGCCUCGCCUGUAAUGAUCUAGUGGCCUCGGGCAGAGACAGAAAGCCCAGUGCUUUGGUCGAGGUGUCUGUCGUAGAUCCCCACAAACAGCAUCUUGUCUCUCAUGCCUGCACAGAGAUAGUGGAGGCAAACAAAGACCCGCUGUUUCUGACGGGGGUGACCUUCCCUUCAGAGUAUCCCGCUAGCCAAGAGACACAAGUCAAGCUAACAGUGUAUGAUGCGAAGGACAAGAGCCACGAAUCCAGCAGUUUCCUGGGCACCGCCUCAUUUUCAAUAGGCGAUCUACUGAGGGCUAAGGAUGAACAACUGACCUUGAGUCUCAGGUCAUCGGAUGGUGGGUGCACAGCUGGAACGGUGGUGGUGAGUCGUCUAAAGAUGGGGGAGAUGGAGGAAGUUGACGUGGACCACAUCACCACAGACAUACCAUCUCAGAAGUGCCCCUUGGUUUGUGAAUCUGCGUCCCAUGCCGUCGAUAGAGACAAUAACCCGCUGACAGGCCCAGUGUUCAAGAACCCAGUAUGCAAGGUGUACAGGUUCCAAACGGUGGACACCAAGUGGAUGCUUGUGCGGGAACAAAUGGAGGAGUGUACGUUGUCCUUCACGGUCCCCACGCAGCUGCUGUCUCUGUAUAUUCAGGAGGACAUGAGCAGGGUGCAGGAUCUGAGGGAGCUGGGGGAGCUGUCUCCUCACUGGGACAACUUAAGGAAGGAGGUAAUGACACGAUAUGGGGAAACCAUCAGCUCCUACCAGGAGACUUUGGCUGAACUGGACAAGGUUACAGGUCAAUCAUUCAAACCAAGCUGUUGCAAAGCCCAGAAGUCUCUGGAGUUCAUCCCAAUAAACUUGCACACUCAGAGGAUGAGGGUGACGUGCCCCAGAAAAACAGACGCAUGCUACGACAUCGUCACCGUUGGUGCCCCCGCAGCCCACAUCCAGGGCUUCAAGUGUGGCGGUCUGCAGCGUCUCCUCAGCAGAUAUGAGGCAGAGAAAAAGAGCUUCAGCACUGCCUACCAGUGUAUCUACUACUCCCCAGAGCACACAGCCAAAGCUCAAGAGGUACUCAGCACCAUGAGCCUCCUCCAGCCCCUCAUCACGGGCCUAGCAGACCAGGUCCUCCGCGCGGCCCAGGAGCGCUCUUCAGCUGGACUUAGGGAUGCACUCAAGGGCCUUUCUGACAAGACAGAGCAGUUUGUUCACACGCUGAAGGAUGAGUUGGUCAAGAGCGCCCUCCUGGCGCUGCACGCGGCGCGGCCCGGAUACGUCUCCAAGAACCAGCGGCCGGCGGCGGUGCAGGGAGGCCAACACCAGGGCCGGGUCCACCAGGCCAGCGAGCAGAACCAGAACCCGGUCCAGGAACUUCCAGGACACAGUCCGGCCACGUUGGUCGCUGAGAACACGGUGCUGUGUAAUAAUGUGGAAGGAUCACAGACCACAACUGGAGGGGAAAGCGGUACGUUUACUCUGAAGCACCAAGGCUCCAUACCGCAUCAUAAAGAGUACGACGAGGAGGAAUGGGACAGGGUGUGGGCAAGUGUGGCCAAAUGUCUCAACUGUGUAAUUGCCAUGGUGGAUAAAUUCCUGGAGGACGACAACAGCAAACAGGAGCCAGCUCCUGAGCAGCAGCAGCCGCAGCAGCAGCAGCAGCUGGCUGAUGUCAUCACGUCACACAGCCCUGGUCACUGGAGGGAGCAGCUGUAUCCUCCUGUGACCCGGUUAAAGGAAUGCGUGACAGAGGUGGUGGAGACAGCCAAGAAAGCCAUGACCUUUGUGCUCCUGCAGGAGGCAGCCUGCAGCAUACCACAGGGCUUCCUCCUCCAGCAGAGGAGAGACGUGGUCUUCAGUCAGGCACUGGCAGCCUUAGCAUGUGGCUUUGUCAUGAAGCUGUACGCAGGAGUUCAAGACAAAGGUUUCCUGAGGCAGCUCCACCUGGUUGGCGUGGUGGCCCAGUUUGAAAGCCUGCUCAGCACCUAUAGUGAAGAGAUUGGGAUGCUGGAGGAUAUGGAGAUUGGAAUCUCAGACCUGCAGAGAGUCGUGUUCAAGAUCACAGAGGCCAAAACUGAAGACCUCAGUGACCUCCAGCCUUUAGUGUGUGGCCGACGUGACCACUUCACUGUAGAAGUGCCAUUACCUCGACUAUUUUUCCAGAGCUUACCAGAGGAGAUGAAGGAGGGCAAGCCUCUGCGCGUAUUCCCAGUGCUGUUUAACGUGGGGAUCAAUGAACAGCAAACUAUAGCAGAGAGGUUUGGCGAUAUCUCUCUUCAAGAAAGAAUAAACCAGAAGAACUUUGAGAUAUUAGAAGCCUAUUACAAAACAUUAAGUGAAAAGGCGCCACUAGAAUGUCUACCGUGUUUUCAGACACAGGCUGACAUAAAGGAAUUACUUGAAACACUGGGCCAGAAUGUAGUCACAAAGAAGCGAAAGAAUGUGGAGAUAUUAUGGAUCGCUGGAGCGAUCUGCCGAAGGUUAAAUGGCAUCAGGUUCACCAGCUGUAAAAGUGCCAAAGAUCGGACGUCCAUGUCUGUCACGUUAGAGCAGUGUGCCCUCUUGCGGGACGAGCACCAGCUCAGCAAGGAUUACUUCAUCCGGGCUCUGGACUGUAUGCGGAGAGAUGGAUGUCGGAUUGAGAAUGUUCAAAAGAAUAUUGGAGGCAGGAAAUAUGCCUUCAACAUGUUGCAGCUGAUGGUUUUCCCCAAGUCCUACCGGCCGCCAGACGGGACUUAUGGUAAAGUUGACUCCUAAGGACAAACACUCAGUUCUUCGGCACCAGAGCCUCUGUUUUCCAAGUACUAAACAGAAAUGUUCAGAGUUAAUGAGCUUAAAAUGUUGAGGCUCAAAAGAUUUUGCUGGAUGUUUUGUGUUGUUGUAUGUUGUUUUUUUGUUCGUUUUUGCUUGUUUGUUGACUCUGAGCGACGUUUUAAUCGCUCAUAGUAUAAUGCACUUUUUAUUUUUGACUUAUUUGGAUGAUGUAUUGUUAAACAGCACAAAGUUGUGCAAGUUGUGUGUGUGUGUGUGUGUGUGUGUGUGUGUGUGUGUGUGUGUGUGUGUGUGUGUGUGUGUGUGUGUGUGUGUGUGAUUUUCACUUGCACAAUUGAAGAUUGUUUUUGUUCUACAAAUAUUUCACAACACUGAAAUAACGUCCAAGUCCUUCAGUGAGUUGUGCGUGUCGUUUUCCCUGUAUUUUCACAUGUUCCCUGUGUUUUUGACAUGUUGAGGUACCGCCCAGAGAAACAAGAUGACAGCAGCUGGAGUUUGAAUUAAACUGGGAUAUUAAACCGUAAUUUCUUUGCUACAGUACAAAACGAAUUGAAUAAUUUAUUUUCUGUGUAUUAACACAAUUUUAUAUUCUAAGGUUCUAGAGCAAGUAUUUUCGUUGGACACGCUGUAUUGUCCUAUUUAAAAUGAAAUAAAAUACUGCUGUGAUGUG